AUGAAAAUGCUGCUCAGACAUAUCUUCCCUUGGGCUGUGCUCAAAUACCUCAUUAUGCCGAUCUACUAUUAUCACCGACGGCGCAUGAGCAACAUUCAUGCGGCUGCUUCGAAGAAGGUGUUGGUAGACCGUUCAUCUGCCAAGGCUUAG